AUAGAGAUUUAUUUGGGUCUUUGCCAUUUUCGCUUGGAUUUUUUGGUUUGAUCAAGUGAGGGAUUUCAAGCUUAGAGUUGUUUAAGAAUUCCGAGAGCUUCGUAAAAAUGAUAUAAUUUGAUUGAUUGAGGUUAGAGUUGAUGAUUUAGGGUUUUAUCUGAUUAAUGUCAUAGGGAUUUCUGCCUUCAGGAAUUGCUUUUUCUUGUAUUUUAAAUGACAAAAGAUUUAGUUUUAAUGUUUGUGGUUUUGAUUGCUGUCUGAGAAAGAGAAAAAUAUUUUCUUAUUUGGGAAAUUUUCGAAUAAGAAGAUUUUUAUGCGCUGUUUUUGGACCUAAGGAUUUGUUCAAUUUUUCUGUUAAAAAAAAAAAAGUUAAAAAGAUUGAUAUAUGGGAGAGAAAGGUUUAAAUUAUCCUUUCUUUGUCUCAUUGCUGGGCUGUUAACUGGUUUCAUGCAUUUAGUGAAAACCCUUUAAAAUACCCAAUUCGGUUGGGUUUCGGAUUUUUUUUUCUAAUUGAUUAAAUGUAAAUUUGAACUAUCGCAUUCUUAUUAAAAUUUAAAAAAAAAUAAAAAGUGCUUUUUAUAUGCUAUAAAUAUUACUAACCAAAAUUGUGUCAACAAUUGGAUUGCUUCUAGACAAGUUACCUUGAGCAAGAAGGAUUUUACUGCUAUUUAGGGUUGUAUGGUUGAAAACUUUGGAAAAAUGUAUUUGGAAAGAAGUAAUGUGAUCAAGGCCAUUUAGGUUUAUAUGUUGUAUGGCUAAGGCAACAAAAGUAGAGUUGGAGCCUUGUUGAGAGAAUCUGCUGGGGUUGAAUUUGUUGGAGGAUGAAAGUCUAUGUUCAGGAAAUGAGUUUGGAGGACAUACAUUGAGAAGACUAAGACGAAACGGUUUGGAUACGUGUGGUUGUGUAUUUCUGUCAAUGUCUGUAAAGACAUUCACUUAUGAGUCCCUCAACAAUAUAGUGAGGCUGAUUAACGGAUUGUCUGCAAUAUUGUUGACCUUUUUACCGGGGAAGUCUAAUAUUCUUGAAGGUAUUCAUGGCUGGGAGCUUAGACCAACGUUUCGUGGGCCUCGGUUUCCACGGUGGAUGGAGAAUGGUGUGUCCUCUUUCAAUCAACUCAUUCAUGAGCUUUCUGUGGAUUCUGAUACUUCAAGCAUAGACUACUCAUCUGGAGAAGAAGAUAAUGAUGGGAGCAUAUCUCCUUCAUCACCAGCAUCUCAAAGUUCAAGAGUCUCUAGAUCUAGUAUUUUCUCAAACCAUGAUAGGGGCUGGACCGGAUGGGUACGAUACAUAUUUCUAUGGAUUUUGGUGCCUGCAAAAUUCCUACUUGGAAUACCUUUUCGUAUUCUCCAUUCUUCUUAUAAUAGGGGCCCAAAAGCCUCUGUUAUCAAUGAAAGAAACCAUCCUUCAAAAUUACGUUCUUUUAAGAAAAUGCAGACUCUAAAGGAUCAUAUUGUUCACCGCACCACAGAUAAGAGACGUGGAGUCAUUGAGGAUCUUCAUCUAGCAAUUGAGAUCUCCAUAGAAGCUAUAUUUGAUAUUGUUCGCAAAGCAGCCCACUUUCUUCUUUCCCCGUCAAAGACCUUCAGAGCACUAGUUCGUUGUUAUUCGCAUCGAGGUGUUGAAGAUUCUGUUCCUACAGCUACACUUGGAGAUAAUGAUCCAACUCCUACAGAAAGAAGUACCACAUUUCAUCAGUCACUGAAUACAGAUGCUAGGACAUGUCAGGAUGUUAUAACAGAGCUAGGGUACCCAUACGAAGCAGUACAUGUGAUAACUAGUGAUGGAUAUGUCAUUCUUUUGGAAAGGAUUCCUAGACGUGAUUCGCGAAAGGCUGUUUUUCUACAACAUGGUGUUUUCGAUUCGUCUAUGGGAUGGGUGUCUAAUGGGGUUGUUGGUUCACCUGCUUUUGCAGCCUUUGAUCAAGGAUAUGAUGUUUUCCUUGGGAAUUUUAGAGGGUUGGUUUCUAGGGAGCAUGUCGACAAAAAUAUUUCCUCGAGACAGUACUGGCGAUACUCCAUCAAUGAGCAUGGGAUGGAGGACAUUCCUGCAAUGAUCGAGAAGAUCAACCAAGUAAAAACUUCUGAAUUGAAGCUUAGUCAACCUGGUCUUGAGGAAGAAAUAGGUGGUGAUCAACCUUAUAAACUUUGUGCAAUCUGCCAUAGCUUGGGAGGAGCUGCUAUACUGAUGUAUGUUAUAACACAAAGGAUUCAAGAGAAGCCGCAUAGACUCUCAAGACUGGUGUUGUUGUCACCUGCUGGCUUCCAUGAUGAAUCAUCCCUAGUGUUUACAGCAGUAGAGCGUCUUCUUCUUCUUUUGGCUCCUCUUUUGAGACCCCUUGUCCCUGGCUUCUACAUACCAACCAGGUUUUUCCGUAUGCUUUUAAACAAGUUGGCACGGGAUUUCCAUAACUACCCUGCUGUUGGAGGACUGGUACAAACCUUAAUGAGUUAUGGCGUUGGUGGGGACAGCUCAAAUUGGGUUGGAGUGUUAGGGUUACCUCAUUAUAAUAUGAAUGACAUGCCAGGUGUAUCUUUUCAGGUGGCUCUACAUCUUGCACAGAUGAAACGUGCUGGAAAAUUUAGAAUGUUUGAUUAUGGGAGUGCAUCUGUGAAUAUGGAGAUGUAUGGAUCUCCAGAGCCACUGGACUUGGGUGAGUAUUAUGGGCUUAUCGAUAUUCCUGUUGAUCUGGUUGCUGGACACAAGGACAAGGUAAUCCCACCUUCAAUGGUGAGAAAGCACUAUAAAUUGAUGAAGGAUUCAGGUGUAAAUGUAUCAUACAAUGAAUUUGAGUACGCCCAUUUGGACUUCACAUUCUCACAUCGUGAAGAAGUUUUGGCAUAUGUCAUGUCGCGGUUACUUCUUGUGGAGCCUGCUUCUAAGCAGCAAUCUAGUCAGAAGGCUGGAAAGUUGAAGAAAAGAGAAAGGACUAGCUACUAGUUAAUGGAGUGUAAAAAAAACCCAUGCCCGUCCAAUCGUUUUUGCUUCAGGAUUUGGCAUGAGUGUUAUACUGAAGGGGGGAUUACUGUUGUAGAUUGAAUACGUUGGCACAUGUUUCUUUCCUCGUGUAAUAUUAGGAAUAGAUUUCGUGUUGGUCACUAUUUGCCACCAAUUGUUGUGUGUGGUGAACUGUUUAGAGGGGCACUGCCCGGAUCGAGUCUUGUAUUCGAUUUCGUAUCUAUGUUCUUUGUAGAAGUGUGAUUGGUAGAAGUGUGAUUGGUAGAUUUAAAUCUGUUUUUUUAACCUGUAAUCUUGAUACUGUAUAGGUGGGUUUUUGAAAUGUGUUUCAAUCAUUUUGAAUUCGUGAA